AUGCAUAGUUCGGUUGGCCUCUCUCUCAAUAUAAACACCGCCGGGAGUUUCCGAAGAAUCACAUUCAGCUGUCAAGACUGAACAAUGGUUAACAUGAGCUAUCACCAAUUUUUACUAAAAUAUCCACAUUCGAGUUCAAGACAGUCGAGAAGGCGAGCGAAUAAAAGAAAAAGGAAUUGUUGGGAUAAGCUAGAUCCAACAAAUUGGCAGACUUGAUUAACAGAGACUUUCUAAAAGGUCCAGUGUGAACCGUGUGGCCGAGUACCUGUGUGUUGCGACUGACUGGCGAGAUGACUGCCGAGUGGCUACACCUGCCCCCGCCGUACACCCCUGGCGUGGGGCCGUUGUGUGGUGCAGAGCUGGAGGCGUGGUAUGAGGACCUGCAGGAUAUUCUGGGCUCCGACACGGGAGGGGCAAAACUGGCACGUGCCCCCACAUGCACCGAGAAAGAGCCAGAGUUUCUGGAUGUUCUGGAGAGUUGUUCUCUGACGUGGCUGACGGACGGAGGCCAGACGAGGGGCGAGGGUGUCCAGAGGGCAACAGAGGGGAUCCAAAAUGCCCAGCCUCUGCAUCACACCUCAUCAUCAUCCUCCUCUUCCUCCUCCUCCUGUAUGAGUCCAGCUGUUGCAGAAGAGCAGCGGGCGGAGGCUGACAGUGGGAGAAGUGGAGAUAACCUGGCAGGAGGCGGCAGUGAUCUGCUGCCUCCUGAGUUUUUCGAGUUGCUGAGUGAAGGAGGAGUGGGAAUGGUGGAUCCGAGCGGAGCGGUGAUCAGCGGUGGUUAUUAUUACCACCACCAUCAACACCACCAAGCUAAUAACGUCCAUCCUGCGUCUCCCUCAGCCAGCGAGGAGGAACUGCCCUGUGUUCCAGAUUCCCCAUCCUGCUCCUCCUCAGCCUCCCAGUCGCCAUCUCAAAAUUGUUCUUCUCCCUCCUCACCUGUCUCUUCUCCCUCUGCCUACCCGUCCUCUUGCCUGGGAAAACGCAAGAGGACCACCAGCGAGAGGGCCAACAGUGCCUUGUCCUCUUUUGCCUCCUCCACGCAGCACACAUCCUCAUCCUUGUCAUCUGCCAAAAAGAGUCGCAAAGAAAGAGAGCAGGAGAACGAGAGGAAGGUACAGGAGCUGACGGAGCAGAACGAGCGCUUGAAAGCGGAGAUUGAAAGGCUGGGGGAGGAGGUACAGAGGACACGUAGAGCUCUAAUAGAGAGACUAGUCAACACCAGGAAAUGAGGAAAAAAAUCAAAGACAGGAUAAAAGUCAGGAAUAAAUGACAGGUCCGACAGAAUUGGAAUAAGCAGUGGUGGGGAAAGGUGUAAUAUGGUGGUCAUGAAAUGCCUCUUAGACAGAAAAGGAUGGAAACCAAAGAUAUAUUUUAUAAGCAAGAGGAUUUUUGGA